AUGUGUUCACAGACUUCAAACAAUGAGCAGUCGCGUGAGGCUGCUUCAUCCAACACUUCUUCUGCUGGUGUUACCGGCAAUGAGGAUAACAAAGAUCCCUUCGACGUUGCUGGGCUGCUGGCGGCGCUCGCCGAUGCAUUGUCGCGCUCUGAGGGGAGGGACGCUGCGCUGGCCGCCAUCCGAGCGGCAUGCAGUGGCACCGGCAAGCACCCGGCCCAGCAACAGCAGCGAGUGGGCUGGCGGGACGUGGCCCUGCUCCAGCGCAUAGAGGCGUUAGAGCGCGACAAUUCUGCACUCCGCAAGGAGCUCAUCGUCAUUGCUGAGCUUCGCAACGGCAUUGCAGAGCUCCGCGAUGCUGUCUCGAAGCUCCGCGGCCACAUGGAGACUCUGUCCAGGCAACUGGACGGGGUCUUCAUCAAUUUUUAUAACAUGAUGUGA